AUACCAAACCCAAUCACUGUCCUUUUCAUCUUCCCAUCUUUCUUAGUUCAUCCUUUUAUUACCAGUCACCAUCUUCAUUGUUAUUAUCAUCUCAUAUUCAAGAAGAUUACAAUUCAUCAUGCCGUCCAAGAAUUAUCAUUAUUCAUCUUCUUCUUUUUCUUCUUCUUCAUCUUCUUCUCAGCAAAGUACUCCAAGAGCAUUAUUUCAAAAUGGACCGUCUCAAGCCAUUUCUAAAUCUCCUCUCUGGGAUGUUGAGAAGGUGAAGUGCAGCCUUGGUUCCUCAAUGCCUAAGUCUGACAAAGAACUGAAGGGGGAGAUCGAGGAGCUCGAGACAGAGAUCUUAAAGUUAGAGCGGUAUCUUCUCUCGCUCUACAGAUCAUCUUUCGGAGAUUAUUUGCCUGCAUUAUCGUCACCAGAUAAUUUUUCACUCCCUCCAUUAAAGACCAAACUUCACAAUGACCGUGCCUGUUCUGUCUCUGAUAAGUCUGUCUCAUCCAGCUUCAAACGCUUGACCGGAACAGACAAGAUAAAAAGAUCCGACUCUGGUAACCCGAGUUUGGCUGAUCUUCUUGGUCUAAGCACUCUUAGUCCCAAUAAACUCUCUGAAGAGAUUAUAAGGAUUAUUAGUGUGAUAUACUUCAAACUAUCAGACAAUGGACAUAACAGAUUUGACAAGAACUCAAAGUGUGGACAGGAACUUGGAGUUGUUGUCCAUAAGCUUUACGUAGACAAUGACAAUUUAAAGUCUAUAGAGAGCAUGCUUCAGAAUUUCAGAUCGUUGGUGCAAAAGCUUGAGAAAGUUGAUCUGGCAAGGAUGGAUAGGGAAGAGAAGCUUGCUUUUUGGAUCAACAUUCAUAAUGCUUUGGUGAUGCAAGCAUAUAUAGUAUAUGGACUUGGUGAAGAUGCUACAAUCACAAUGGUCUUGAAGGCAGCAUUUAACAUAGGUGGGGAGUGGGUAAAUGUAUAUGAUAUCCAGAGUUCGAUAAUGGGCAUUCGUCCAUGCCAUCCACCAUCACGUUUAUGGACGCUGUUUUCACCGUCUAAGAGUUCGAAGACAAGUAACGGUGAACACACUUACGCGUUAGACUAUGCCGAACCACUUCUUCAUUUUGCCCUCUCUUCCGGAGAGUCAACCGAUCCAAUGGUCCGAGUUUAUAUAGCAGAAGGAAUCUUUCAAGAACUUAGGCAAGCAAGAGACGAAUUCAUCCAAACAAGUAUUGGUUUUGAGAAAGAGGCAAGGAUUCUAUUGCCAAAGAUCGUAUACAACUACGCAAAGGAUACUUCUCUCGACAUGGCGGAACUCUACAAUACAAUAUCAGAGUGCCUAACAGAGAAACAAAGAACAAUGAUGAGACGAAUUGUAAAGAAAAAGCAAGAUAGAAGUAUUCGUUGGAUUAGCCAUGACUCCAACUUCCGUUAUAUCAUCCAUUCGGAACUCGUCAGAGGGAGUCUUUGAAUUUGACAACGAUAUGGUUUGUAUGUAUCUAGUAUUCCGUUUGGUGCCAAGAUUUUGCUAAAUGACAGAGCUUGAAAUUGUAUG